UUAAUCUCCAUUCUUCUUUCUCUUCUUUACGCGUCUUUGUUAUAUUCCAAAACAGGGGACUCAUCUCCAUAUCCUCCGCCAGGCUUCCCUCCUCCGCCACCGUCAGUUGUAUAUAACCAUACUCACUCGGCCGCACCGCCGCCUGGCUAUCAAGGUUACUAUUACGAAGGCUACCCUUCACCGUCACCUGGUUUGCCGCCUCCGCCGCUGCCACCUAGGAAUGAUUACAAUUAUCACAAUGGUUGCACUUCCUUCUUAACCGGGUGUUUGGCUACUCUUUGUUGCUGCUGCUUGUUGGAGGACUGCAUCUUUUAACCAUCAUCUGUCCUAAAAGUCCAUGGAUAU